AAGCAUCUAUCUCAGCUUUUAUUAAUCAUUAACUAUGGUCACGUAAGGCCAUACGAACAAAAAUAAUCCAAUUUCCCCAGAAAACUUACUUUUUCACUUGAGAGAAAAAGGCUUUCUUGCACCAGUUCUUGUUUCUUUUCAUUUACUCAACUCUCUCUCUCUCUCUCUCUCUCUCUCUAAAAUGACACAGAUAAAGAAUUCUUUAAGACCCUUCAUUUCAGGCGGAUAAACCGGUGUAUCAUCACAGAUCCAAGAGUACAAAAAGCUUGAGAAAAAAUUUCAUUUUUCAACUUUUGUCACUAGAAAAGGUUAAGUAAAUGGACGAGGGAGUCGAUUUUCAACGAUGGGAUGAAUUAAUACCAGAUGCGCUUGGUUUAAUAUUCAAGAAUCUGUCACUUUUUGAGGUACUUACUGUAGUACCAAGGGUUUGCAAGUCAUGGGGAAGAGCAGUACGGGGCCCUUAUUGUUGGCAAGAGAUAGAUAUUGAGGAAUGGAGUCGAAACUCCAAGCCUGAAAUUGUCGACCGAAUGGUUCGAUUACUUAUUGCGAGAAGUGGUGGCUCCCUCAAGAAACUGUGUGUCUCCGGUCUCUCUAGUGACCAGACCAUUUUGUUCAUUGCAAACCAUGCGAAAUCUCUGAGGACUCUGCGACUACCAAGAAGUGAAAUAAAUGAUUCGAUUAUGGAAAUGGCUGCUGGGAUGCUUUCGACUAUUACUUGUUUAGACUUGAGCUACUGCAUUAACAUAGGAGCCGAAGCCCUUGAAGCCUUAGGGAAGCACUGUAAAUUUCUCACCAGUUUGCGCCGCAUAAUGCACCCACUGGAAGUGAUCAACAAACUUUCCCAAGACGAUGAAGCCCUCGCCAUUGCUGCUACAAUGCCUAGACUCAAGCACCUCGAGAUUGCCUACUUGCUUGUUAGCACAGAAAGUGUAAUCGAGAUUCUUAAAAACUGCAAACAACUCGAGUUACUUGAUCUACGGGGUUGUUGGAAUGUCUAUCUAGACGAGAAAUUUGUGAAAAAGUUCACGAAAUUGAAGGUGAUUGGACCCUUAGUUGUUGAUUGUUAUGACAUGAAUGGUUGGGAGAACUGCUCGGAUUAUUCAGCCUCGUCUGGUUACCUAGCCUGGGACUUUGUGGCUGGCGAUAUAGACGAUGAUUAUGCUGAGAUGUUGGGUGAUCUUUGGGAAGAUGAACAUCCUUUGGAGGACAUUGAAAUGUGGUUCUACGACGACGUCAAUGCUAUUGAUGCUGGAUAUGAUUGGCCUCAAUCUCCCUAAGUUAUGAUGAAUACUAAUGUAAUUUUAGCAGGCUUGUGCUGAGAGAACUUGCUUACCUUCUGCUGUCUGUUGGGCUUGUGCUUAUUAUAUGUACUACCUACAAGUUUACAAUUUGGCUCUGUAUCUUACUAAUGCACUCUAGUAACGGGUAAUUGCUGUGAUUAAUUGAAUAAAAAAUACUUGUUUCUUUCUA